ACAACUAUUGGUCAGGGGCAAACACCACUGGCUCUGCGUCCUCAGUCACUGUGUGCCAUUUCACCAAGUAGGAGCCAAAGGAAAGUUUGAAAAAUGAAAACAUUAGCAAGACUCAUUCUGGGACUUGUCAUCUUGGAUGCUGCUGUGACCGCCCCAACUCUAGAAUCCAUCAACUAUGACUCAGAAACCUAUGAUGCCACCUUAGAAGACCUGGAUAAUCUAUACAACUAUGAAAACAUACCAAUGGGUCAAGCUGAGAUUGAAAUAGCGACAGCGAUACCUUCGGGGAACAGAGAGCUCCUCACCCCGCCACUACAGCCAAAGGAUGCUGAAGAGGAAGAGGAAGAGGAGUCCACCCCCAGACUGAUUGACGGCUCUUCUCCACAGGAGCCUGAAUUCCCUGGGGUUCUGGGCCCACACACCAAUGAAGACUUUCCAACCUGCCUUCUGUGUACUUGCAUAAGUACCACUGUAUACUGUGAUGACCAUGAACUUGAUGCUAUUCCUCCGCUGCCCAAGAACACUGCUUAUUUCUAUUCCCGCUUUAACAGAAUUAAAAAGAUCAACAGAAAUGAUUUUGCAAGCCUAAAUGAUCUAAGGAAGAUUGAUCUGACCUCAAAUUUAAUAUCUGAGAUUGAUGAAGAUGCAUUCAGAAAGCUACCUCGACUCCGAGAGCUUGUCCUGCGUGACAACAAGAUAAGGCAGCUCCCAGAAUUGCCAACCACUUUAACAUUUAUUGAUAUUAGCAACAAUAGACUUGGAAGGAAAGGAAUAAAGCAAGAAGCAUUUAAAGAUAUGUAUGAUCUCCAUCAUCUCUACCUCUCCGAUAACAACUUGGAACACAUCCCUCUGCCACUCCCAGAAAAUCUACGGGCCCUUCACCUCCAGAAUAACAACAUUCUGGAGAUGCGUGAAGAUACCUUCUGCAAUGUUAAAAAUUUGACUUAUAUUCGUAAGGCACUAGAGGAUAUUCGAUUGGAUGGAAACCCUAUCAAUCUAAGCAAAACUCCUCAAGCCUACAUAUGCCUACCUCGUUUGCCUAUUGGGAAUCUUGUCUAAUUGCAGAUAAUGGUCAGCGUUAUGAUGCCUGCUAUAACAAAACAAUUCUUACUGCUCUCUUUCAAAAGAAAACUCAGCAUGAUACUUUCAAAAUGUGUUCUGAAAGAUAAUUACAUAAAAUACAGCUAAAAGUUUUAAUAUAUGAUAGCAAUUUAGGAAUCUAAGAAAACACGAGAUGAAUCAGGAAUAAACUAAAAGAUGUACAGAAAGUGCAAAACUAAAAGAUAGAAAAUAUUUCACAGAUAUUCUUAUAUGUCACAUGUAAUCUGCAAGUUUUAGGGAUUCAUAUCCUCUAUAAUUUUAAAUUAAUCAUAUAAUAAAAAUUAAAAAUUAACAUUUUAGGUAUAUUGCCAAGAUUUAAAUGUUUUUAAUUAAACUUUUCUCUCCUUUUUUUUCACUAAAACAUGUUUCUUUUUUCAAAUUCAUGAAAGAAAAUGAAGAAAAGAAUAAAAAUAUUUGAAAAUUAUAA